UCAUCGUUCUCUAAUCCAAGCCGAGCCCCAAAAUCCACACAACCAGUAUUCACCAGGUUGCGGCUACGAAUGCUUUCACAUUUUACCCAUGAAGUCUCGUCUAUUUCCGGUGCCAAAUUCUAUCGACGGCGCCGGUUCCCCCACCGUCUCUCUCCGUCGCAACUCCAAUCAAAACCUCAUUUUUAUAAUGGGCACUGCUCCGUCACUCAACCACGGCCGGAUCAACGUUACAUGCUCUGUUUCUUCUAAUAAGCAGCAAAAUCACUAUUCGGUUUUAGGCGUGUCUACAGAUGCGUCAACUUCUGAUAUCAAAAAAGCAUAUCGCUUACUCGCUCGAAAGUAUCAUCCAGAUGUUAACAAGGAUUCACAAGCUGGCGAGGUGUUCAAAGGCAUCCGUCUUGCAUAUGAGGUGCUAUCUAAUAACACCGCAAGAAACCAGUAUGAUAGAUCACUCCAAUUUAAACCAAAUACCAGUCCUCCAUGGAGGACUUAUGACAUCAACUUUGAAAAUGAAAUAAAGAUACACAGGUGGUCUGAUCUGAGGCAGAAAAUGGGCUACCAGAAUUAUUAUGAAUGGCGCGAUUCGAAAGAGAAAUACUAUUCUUUUGAUGAUGAAGUAGAUGAUGAAUCUCAGGAGGAUAAUGGUGCCAAUGAUGAAAGAGGCUCUUUUAUUGAAGUUCUGAAAUCUACCUUUCUUUCCAUAUUCUUGCUGAAAACUAUAGGGGCAAAACUGUCUUUAACUUUUAGCAGCUUGAUGGCUCUGCUUGACCCAGAGUUGGACCAAGGAUAUAAGGCAGGUUACGUGGUUGCAUGGAUGUUAGGAGGCAAAAGUGGAAUUGUGCUUACUUUAUGUCUCUCGUUUGCGAGUUGGGUUUGUGGAAAAACAAGCAGCAAUGUUGUGGCACUUGUGGUCGUGUCUAUGUGGGUGGGCUCAAAUCUUGCAAGGUUUGCUCCACUUCCACAAGGUGCCCUUCUUACUCUAAUAUACAUGUCAAUUAAACUCCAGGCUGAUCUCAACUGAACCUACAUCAUAGUUGCUACAUCUUGUUCUCUCUCUUUUUUUCUUUUUUAAAUUAUUAGUGAUUAUUUUCACAUAACAAGUUCUAUUUGUAAAUAGUAGUACAUCUGCAAGUGUAUCAACUAAAUGUUCUAGUUA